UUUGUUUACUUCCGGUGUGUAUGUAAACGAAGAGGAACAGCCAAACUUAUGAAUAUUUCUUUAGUUUUACUUGAUUAUUUAGUGUAAGAAGACCUGUUCAGAGUGGGUCAGAACACGGGCUGAUAUGACGGUGUUGAACCUGUCCUUUGCUGCUUGUGGCUUUGCGGGGAUCUACCACCUGGGUGCUGUGGGGGCCUUCCUGUGCCACGGGGACAAGCUGCUCAGGUCCGUUAAGGCUUGUGCGGGGGCUUCAGGUGGAGCGCUGGCAGCUGCUGUACUGAUCACAGCUCCUGACAGGUUGGAGCAGUGUAAAGAAUUCACGUACAGGUUUGCUGAAAGUGUGAGGCAGCAGAAGUUUGGAGCCAUGACUCCAGGAUUUGACUUCAUGCUGACUUUAAGGGAUGGAAUAGAGGAGAUUCUUCCCACAGAGGCUCACAGUCUGGCUAAUGAUCGCCUCCAUGUGUCCAUCACACACUCACGCAGCGGCAAGAACUGCAUGGUGUCCAGGUUUAGCUCCAGAGACGAGCUGAUUAAAGCUCUGCUUGCCAGCAGCUUUAUACCUGUGUAUGCUGGACUCAAAGCAGUGGAGUUUAGAGGACAGAAAUGGAUGGAUGGAGGCUUCACUGACAGCCUGCCUGUUCUGCCUGUGGGUCGAACCAUCACCGUGUCUCCGUUUGCUGGACACCAGGACGUGUGCCCGGCCCACAGGGGCCUCUUCAACACCCGCCUCAGACUGCCCAAUAUGACCAUACUGUUCUCCAUGGAGAACAUGAAACGUCUGAACCAGGCUCUGUUCCCUCCAUCCACCGGCACCAUGCACACUUUACACGAAGAAGGUUUCACAGACGCUGUCCAGUUUCUGAAGAGAGAGGACUUGAUGAGCUGACGGUGUGUUCAAACACACGUUUUACUCAGGCUCCUGAGGUUUUUGUUCAAUAAAGAAGACCUGGUGUUCCUGUUCUGCUGAACAGGUCUGGAUGGUGAGGAGGAGCUUCAGCACAGGUGAACACUCUGUGAAAACUUAUCACCUGCAGUCACACUGGGACACAUUACUAUAAUCUGUCAGCAAAACUUCUAAAGUCUGUUUUAUCACUUCAGGAGAAAAAAAGAACUUAAUAUUAGUUUCUUAA